AUGCAUGACGCCGACGUGGCUAUAGAACGACAUUCGGGCCCAAUCAUACAGCUAUUGAAUCCGACGGCAACUGUCGUUUGGAUGCUACGUCCUGAGGACGAUGUUAAUGUGGAUCUUGCGGAUACGGGCUGGGGAGCCAGGAUUCAUCAGGGUGGUGGUGGUGGUGGUGAAGAAGACGAGGAGGAGGAGGAGGAGGAGGAGGAGGAGGAAGUGGAUCGUGGUGAAGGGGUUAGUGAGACGAUGACCUGCCACCCGCCGAUGCGGUGUGCACGACGAAGGGCGGACAACCACGGCAGGAUGACACAGGACGACACCCGCCCCCAAGGACGAGAAAGCGACGCCAGCCCUCUCCACCAGUGGAGGAGAACCUCCGACGACUCAGAUAGAGUUUCUCAAGCUUGCUCGACACUGCGAGGCUACGUCGUCAAGAAGUUCUAUAAUGUUGUCACGAACUUCUUUCACUUCCAGGAGCGCUCGGAAUACAUUAACUUCUCGCCUGAUUCGAUAACGAUAACGCGUAUCCCCCCACUUCCCUCUGUAGCUGUUCGACUCCCGCUCCCUAUGUUCGUCCGUCGAGCGUGGGCAACAUCGAAAUGCUCUCCUUUCCGUUCAAGGCGUGGUCAAUUGUGGUAG